AAUAUUUAUACAUACAUACACCGUCUUUACCAAAAUCAAGCCCUAACUAGUUAAUCCGGUAAUAACCAUCUGAAAUCUAAGAACUCUGAAAACCCUCAAAGAAAAUCUUAGUAAAACGCCGUCAAGUGUUCUGUGAAAGUGGUGAGAUGGAGAAAUCUGGUGGGUGACACCCAAAAAUCCACUCCUUUUUUCUCUUUAUGAUGAAGACUAUGAGUACCUUGAUUAAUUAAACAAGGCAAAAAAUACCAAGAAAGUAAGAGAAAGGAGAGACAGAGAAAGCCCAAAGUCCACUAAUCAAUCUUUUAAAAUCAUUACACCCUUUAUUGUAGUUCUAUAUUUUGGCCUCUCUGUAAAAGGUCAUCUCUUGGUGUAAUAUAAGUAAGCAAUAGCGCUAGAAUUUGAAGGGAAAUUAUGGAUCCAGUAACAGCAUCAGCACAUGGUCAUUCACUUCCACCUCCUUUCCACACAAGGGAUUUCAAUUUGCAGCAGCAAUUCCAUCAUCAGGGCCAUAAUUCUGAAGAUGAGCAGAGUGAAACCAGUGGCCUAAACAUGGGACAGAAACGAAAUCGCGAUGAAGAGAAUGAAAUGAACAUGAACGCUGGUGAGAACGAAGAGGGCGGCUCCAUGGGAAUGGGAGGAGAGAUGACAAGACGGCCUAGAGGAAGACCGGCUGGAUCCAAGAACAAGCCCAAGCCACCAAUCAUCAUCACACGCGAUAGUGCUAAUGCCCUAAGAACCCAUGUCAUGGAAAUUUCAGACGGAUGUGAUAUCAUGGAGAGUGUUGCAAACUUUGCUCGGAGGCGCCAAAGAGGUGUGUGUAUUAUGAGUGGAAGUGGCAAUGUAACUAAUGUAACCCUAAGGCAACCGGCUGCUCCUGGCGCAGUCGUGACACUACAUGGAAGGUUCGAGAUCUUGUCACUGGCCGGAUCAUUUCUGCCACCGCCUGCUCCUUCUGCAGCUACCGGGUUGACUAUAUAUUUAGCCGGUGGACAAGGCCAGGUGGUGGGAGGCAGCAUUGUGGGUGCGCUUUUGGCAUCAGGGCCAGUUAUAGUGAUGGCAGCCUCAUUCAGCAAUGCUGCAUAUGAAAGGCUUCCACUUGAAGAUGAAGAAAAUCCAAUCAAUCCAUUGCAAGGAGUUUCACUUGGAUCUCCCCCAGGUAGCGUUGGAGGGCAACAACAACAACAGCAGCAACUAUUAUCUGAUCCUUCUUCAUUCCAAGGGAUGCAACCAAAUCUCCUCAACUCCAUUCAGAUGCCUAAUGAGGCCUACUGGGCGACCGGGCGACCUCCAUUUUAGCCAAUUCGGUGAAACUCAUAGAAGGGUAACUCCCUUGAAUUCAACUUGUUUCAUUUCAACUCAUCAAGAUUUCCUAGCUAAAAACUCUUAGGCAGUUGCACUUGGUUUGUUUUUGGUUCCUUUAUUUUCAAUCACUAUGAGUAAAUUUCUCCUGUCUUUCCGGUUAGCCUUUUUCAUUCCAGUUUGAUGAUUACCAGAUAUUGACAUUAAUGAUUGUAAUUUGAUUAAACUAGUUUGUAAAAAUUUGUUUCUUGGUGAGCUAA